AUGAAAUCCACAAAUAAUGCCCUCGUUACCCAAAUAAAAAAUCCCUUGUUUGGAUUAUACCGCCUUACCAAAUUCUUAUUAAUUUUUUCAAUAAUUCAAUUUUGGGUUUUAUGGAGAGGAAUUGAAGGAUUUAAUUUUGGAGAUUUUUCCUCUCCACAUCAACGCCUACUUAGCGAAUUAUUCCACAAUUACGAUAAAAGACUCCAACCAAUUGGAGAAAAUAAAUAUUCAAAAACUGUGCAUAUUAACGUAACCAUAGUUUUGGGUAUUUUAAUUGAAAUGGUUGAGAAAAAUUUUUUUUUGAAAUUUUUAAAAAUUUUUUUAAAGAGAGAAAAUGAACAGGUUGCUGCUUAUGUUAUUUCUCAUAUUCAAGUAAAAUAUUUAAUUUAA